AUGAGCAAUAUCAAAAAUGAUAUACAUAAUUUAUGCAUUGUGAAUCUUGUUUAAUCGGAAGGACGAGUGCAUAACUCGGAUGUUGCAGAGAAAUCGGACAUCGAACACAAGAAACUAAAAUUAGAGGAACAUAGUGAGGAAGAAAAGAAAAUCCAAUCUGAUGAAAGGAUAAAGCAGCAUUCAAGAAGACGCUCAAGCUCGCCAGAUCAUAGAAAACACGCACGAUCUUAUCGACACGAACGACCAAUAAGCCAUAAAGCACAUGUACAUCAACGAUCAAGAAGUCGUGAAACUCGUGCGCAUCAACGAUCAAGAAGUCGUGGAACUUAUGCACAUCAACGAUCAAGAAGUCGUGAUGUUCGUGCACAUCAACGAUCAAGAAGUCGUGAAACUCGUGCACAUCAACGAUCACACCGACGUUGA